AUGGAUGAGGAGUACGACGUGAUCGUGCUAGGCACGGGGCUCAAGGAGUGCAUCCUCAGCGGUCUCCUCUCCGUCGACGGCCUCAAGGUUUUGCAUAUGGACAGAAAUGACUACUAUGGAGGAGAUUCCACCUCGCUCAACCUUAAUCAGCUCUGGAAGAGGUUUAGAGGGGAAGACAAGCCCCCAGCACAUCUAGGUGCAAGCAGAGACUACAAUGUGGACAUGGUGCCAAAGUUUAUGAUGGCAAAUGGGACAUUGGUUCGAACCCUCAUCCACACUGAUGUGACAAAGUACUUGUCAUUCAAAGCUGUUGAUGGGAGCUAUGUUUUCAGCAAAGGGAAGAUUUACAAGGUCCCUGCCACUGAUAUGGAGGCUCUGAAGUCCCCUUUGAUGGGCCUAUUUGAGAAGCGCAGAGCAAGGAACUUCUUCAUUUAUGUCCAAGAUUACAAUGAAGCUGAUCCAAGGACACAUCAAGGAUUGGACCUUACUAGGGUGACAACUAGAGAACUUAUAGCAAAAUAUGGUUUAAGUGAUGAUACAGUGGAUUUCGUUGGACAUGCACUUGCUCUUCAUAGAGAUGAUCGUUAUCUUGAUGAACCGGCACUUGAUACAGUGAAAAGGAUGAAACUAUAUGCAGAGUCUCUUGCACGCUUUCAAGGAGGCUCGCCAUAUAUCUAUCCACUAUAUGGGCUGGGUGAGCUACCACAGGGUUUUGCGCGACUGAGUGCUGUUUAUGGUGGUACUUACAUGUUAAACAAGCCAGAGUGCAAGGUUGAAUUCGAUAUGGAGGGGAAAGUGUGUGGUGUCACAUCUGAAGGUGAAACUGCAAAGUGCAAGAAGGUGGUCUGUGAUCCUUCGUAUUUACAAAACAAGGUUAGGAAGAUCGGUAGAGUUGUACGUGCAAUUGUUAUCAUGAGCCACCCAAUCCCUAAUACAAAUGAGUCCCACUCGGUUCAAAUUAUUUUACCUCAGAAACAACUUGGACGCAGAUCAGACAUGUAUGUUUUCUGUUGCUCAUACACGCACAAUGUUGCGCCAAGAGGGAAGUUCAUUGCAUUUGUGUCUGCAGAAGCAGAGACUGAUAAUCCCCAGUCUGAGCUACAGCCUGGAAUUGAUCUACUUGGUUCUGUAGAUGAGAUAUUCUAUGAUAUUUAUGACAGAUAUGAACCAGUGAAUGAGCCAUCUCUUGAUAAUUGCUUUGUCUCGAUGAGCUAUGAUGCCACCACACAUUUUGAGACAACUGUAACAGAUGUUCUGAACAUGUAUACAAUGAUCACUGGAAAGACUUUGGAUCUUAGUGUGGAUCUGAGUGCUGCUAGUGCCGCUGAAGAAUACUGA